AUGGCCCCGGCGCCGCCUCCGCCAGACUCUGUCUCAGUCGGCGGCAUCCCAGCGGGCUAUGGCCGCUCGUGCACCAACUGCUCGCGCGCCAAGUGCCGGUGCAUCUUGAGGCCGGAAGGAGGCAAAUGCGACCGCUGCCACCGCCUGGGCAAAGAGUGCCACCAGAUGGUGACGUCGCGCAAGCGCGUGGCCAAGAGGACGACGGCCUCGAGGACCGCGCAGCUGGAGGAGAAGCUCGAUGACCUGGUGUCGAUACUGCGGGCGACGCAGCAGCAGCAGCAUCAGCAUCAUCAACAUCACCAUGAGGGCCAUCAACCGCCGCCGCCGCCACCGCCGCCACAACAGCAGCAGCAUCAUGUUCAUCUCCAGAAGCAGCAGCAGCAGCAGCCCCCUGUGCCGUCUCCCAUGAACGGCGCAUCCAACUGUGAAAUCCCUUCGUCAGCAUCAUCCGCUUCAACAUGCCCGCCCUUUAUCAGCCGACUCGACUCACUGGCCGACGCGGCAACAACAUCACAAUCACAGACACAUCCUUCCAACCUCACACCACCUCCGCGCCUGUUGGACAGGCUUCCGGAGCCAGCUCCCAGCGAGGCCGAAGUGUAUCUCGUCAAGUUUCGCCAGUGGCUCGAAUUCUUCCCCUUUAUGCAUCUAAGCCCCGAUCUCACGGCCGAGGCUCUGCAACGGGAAUCUCCUUUCCUCUGGCUCUGCAUCAUGAACGUCACGAGUAUGUCCAUGACGCAACAGGCCAUGAUGAGAGACAGGCUGCGUCAAGAAGUUGCGCAACGGAUGAUCCUCAGUCACGAGCGAAGCAUAGAGUUACUUCAAGGCUUGAUAACUCUGAUAUCAUGCUGUAUCAUCUACGAAUUGAGUCUCACCAGAUUUCCCAACGAAGAGCAGUACUCGACGGUCUGUUUCAAAGCCUGGGGAAGCAAAGCAUCAAACUGCCAACCCAAAAACCGUACAAUGGAAGAACGGAGACUUGUGCUUGGGUUUUGGUUCAUCACAUCUGUAUGUGCGGCCUUUCUCGGUAAAAUGGAGCCACUCGUCUGGACGCUACACAUGCAGGAAUCGCUAGAGGUGUUGGAAAGUGAAAAGGAAUACCCAUCAGACGAAACCCUAGUCGCACUAGUUAAACUCCAGCUCGUUGGAGAGGAAGCAAGAAAGCUCAUAGUAAGCGAUUUUGUCGGGCGUGAUUUUGGCAGACUCGACCCCGAUAAGGCUCCCACGUAUGUCUUCAAGCGAAAUCUUCUCUGCCAGCUCCAGAAGAUUCGCGAAACCUUGCCGCCUGGGGCAAUGUCCAAGGCGGUGAUACAAUUGCACAUCUACAGCACCGAAACUCAAAUCCACUCAAUCGGCCUCUUUGGCGGGACAAAAAUCCCAGACUCGCCGCGUAUCGACUCCAUGUACGCGGGCCUCCUCGCUGCUCGGGCCUGGUACGAUACCUUGUUUCUCGUGCCACUCACGGAUUUUGUGGGCAUGCCAUUCUCCUUGUACAUUGAGCUUGCGCAGAUCCACGCUCUGCUAUACAGGCUCACGACCAUAGAUGACCCUGCCUGGGACAGGGAGAUUAUGCGCAAUACGGCAGAUCUCGGUACCUAUCUGGACAGGACCAUUGACCUGUUUACCAAGGCAGAUGCGCUUUAUCCCCUAAGAGGCGGACCCGAGGAUGUAUCGAUUUUUGGGAAAUGCACAAAGGUCCUUCGCAAUGUGCGCUCAAGCUGGGAGCCAGCCAUAUCACAGAACCUAGGGGGGCUCCCAACGCCAAGCAGCCAAGUUGUUCCAGGCGCUCCGCCGCAGCAUACUUUGCUGGUCGACCACUCUAUGAUGCCAGAUCCGGAAUUGCCUCCAGACUUUGGUGACAUCAACUGGAUGACACAAGUAUUUGGACCCUGGGACUUCUAAGGCGUGUCAGCAACGUCUUUUCACGGAUUGAACGUAGGGGAUGUCUUUCAGUACUCUUACGAUAAAGUGAUGUGCAAUGUCAUAUCAUGUAUACAAUAUCUAAUCGUGGCAUGAGAGGCGCAUAUAUGGCUCUUUGCGCUCAAACUUUUUAAUGGUAGGAUGGAUGAAGAGUAUGUACCAAGAGGAGGAUGUAAAAGCAAGCGGCUGAUUUAAUUAGGGGGUUUCCUUUGGAGUUAUAGAGGCGUGUUUUCUUUGGGAUUUGAGAUACAUGACACUGGCUGGCGUUUGCUUUAGAUAUAUAUCGAUUUGAUAGCUGGAGACGCUUUUUAAUGCAUUCUCAGCUUGGAGCGACAGAUUGACGACAUAUAUAAUGGCUCUAGGCUUUGAAGGUGGAUGUUUUUAGGAUUAAAAGUCUCCAUUCAGAU